UGCGAGGCUCGACGCCGCCCGCCCUGUUGCGAAACCAGCCAAAACAUUGAACCAAUUGUUUUUAUGCAAAACAUACGUUUUAUGCGAUGAAUACAAACACGUGAAUUUAUUCAGCGGCAGAAGCGAGGGUUGUGGAGAGACUCGGCUUGAUUAAGUAAACCUAUUUUUGGGUGAACAUUUAGCCAAAGAGUGCCAAAAUAACGAAGUAGACGUUAAAAGGAUUUACCAUAAUGACGCAGGUCUAUUUACGAGCCUGUGUAUUACGUGGCUCGUCCUUGGUGCCAACAUUUAUUGCCGUUAUCAUAUAUCUCUCAAUGUGUACUUGCCAAACAACCUUCGCACCUAAAUAUCAUACAAAAACAACAUCACAAAGCUUACGUGAAUCGCCUACUCCCAUUAUCUCGUCGACUACGCUAAGAACGAAGCCAUUAACAUCAACAGAAGGCCCGACCACCAUUACUUUAACAACAAAGGGGAGCGUUAAAACAACAAAGCCUUACGAGGCUACCGAGAGGCCGAGUGCCGCCGCCCGCAAUUCAAUGGUUGCAGCGGACGUGAGCACAAAAGGGCUGGUGAAAAGUGCAAGAAGGCAAAAGUUAAACACUACUUCAAGUGCACUCGGAAGCGCAGUGCAUUCCUCGUCUCGGCUUCAAGAUCGCUUGGGGGCAAUAGAUUGCGAUCUGCCCGUCUUGCCGAGGGAGUCGCGACUGUGGAGAGGAAAUGAAACGCACGAGUUGAAUUUGCCUUUAACGGAGUGCGCGGGAGGGCGGUUCGGGGGCGACGAGGAUUGCCCUCAGGUCAUCGUGUCAUGGGAGGGCUCCGCCGAUAUACAGAGUGGAGACAUCCUUAUCGUCCGCAUCUCCGACGCUUUAUUGCUCGACCGCACCGGCCAUGUUGAAACCAAGAACGAAUCUAUCGACACGAACUCUUCGCUCGCAGAAAGGGCACAUCACACGCUUCUCCAGCCAGCUGUGUAUCAGGUGACGCGGCAAGGGCACGAACAUUGUGAUGUUUCUGAUGGGAUGCUACUUGACAUCAAUCCCUUGGAUGAACAUGAUACUAAGAUUUUUACCCUUUACGACAAAGAUUUAACUGAUGGUGUUAAUUUGCUUAUAGUUGUGUCCGAGAACUGGGGGUCACAAUGCGUCCGUUUGAAAGUGACGGUCAAGUCAGAUAACUGCGGCGAGUCUCAGGAUUGUUCUGGGAAAGGCGUAUGUUACACAAAUGUAUCUAUGGAAGGUUACGAAUGUCAGUGUUGCCCUGGAUAUAUGGGUCCGCAUUGUGAAGACAUGGAUGCCUGCAAUCCAUCACCCUGUUUAAAUAAUGGCAUAUGUGUGGACCUCACGCAAUCUCUCAAUGGAGCCAACUAUCACUGCCUUUGUCCAUACGGUUUUACCGGGCGGAAGUGUGAAAAAGAUCCAUGCUUUUCAUCGCCGUGUGUGAACGGUGGAUCGUGUAUGAGCAUGGCAAUGAACGGUUCGACAACUUUCCAUUGUGCUUGUACGGAAGAGUGGACGGGCACACACUGCGAGCUGCCGGCGACCGGCGGUGCCUGCGCUGAUAAGCCCUGCGGCAAAGGCAUCUGCGUGGAGCAAACCGACGAUGACAGCGGACCGAACUUCCGAUGCUUCUGCGAGCCUGGGUAUACCGGAGACAGAUGCGAACUAGAGUAUAAUGAGUGCGAAUCGUCGCCGUGCGUGAACGGAGGCACUUGCACUGAUCGAGUCGGAGGCUUCACUUGUGCCUGCGAUCGAGGCUACACUGGACCUACAUGUCAGUUUAAGGUGGACCUCUGUGCACCGAACCCCUGUUCGGAGCAGCGAUACUGCGUGGACCACGGCAACAGCUACGCCUGCGAGUGUCCCCGCGGUUUCGUUGGUGAAGAAUGCCAUAUUCCAGCUACUUCUAUAUGCGAUAACAACCCUUGUGCCCAUGGCGGAACGUGCUGGAGUGGUGUGGACUCGUUCUAUUGCUCUUGCAGGCCGGGAUAUACCGGAAGAUUGUGCGAAGAAGAUUUCAUUCUGGAGCCAGUGAUCGACGGCGAAGGAGAUGUGGACGCGGAGACUCGCGGAACUGGAUCAGUGCGCGUGAUGCGGCUCCCGCUGGGCCUGUACCACGAUCGCCUUCACAAUGUAUACAUAGCGGCCGGCACCCUGGGAGCAGCGAUAGCUAUCGUGGGAGUCGUGGUAACAGCAUGCCACUGUCGCGUAAACAAAACCUACUCCCGUCUUCUAUCCGGGCUCUCAGCGCGGGUCACAGAAGCGGGUCCCCCCCACCACUGGCUGCAAGACAAACGGGAGCCCAACCCCGCCCCCUUCCAACCCCCCACUUCCUUCGACACCACCGACAUGUACUACACACUAGACUUCAGCGAUAGCCAAAGCUCCCCCCUCAUUCAAUAGCCAUCAAUAACGGACUGCUCCGAUGGGGAACGGUUCAAAAUACAAAUUUAAUAAAUGCCAUGUCGCCACGCGAACCGCCGCAUUGUGCAUCGCUGUUCGAGGAAAAUUAUUAAGUUGGCUUGUGAUUAUUUGACGUAAAAUCAUGGUCAUCAAUAAAGAAACGAAAACACACGUGCUAUAUUUGAUUUCAGGCAUAAGCUUCGCUAUUGAAACAAUAUUAUUGCUUGAUUUUAUGAGAAUUUAAUAAGCGAAUAAUCCUAUGAUAAACUAAGUCCCAUUAAGCAAUGUGCGCCACACCCUGAACAGUUUGUCCUGACCAUAUUUUUAAGGCAACCUUCUUUAUAUACUCGUAAACAUUUUUUACUGAGACGCGUUCUAUUUGAUAAAAUACAGUUUUCAACUAGUAAACAUGUGGAAGAUGCUAGACUAUAGUCGGGAUCUUAUGUUAUUAACGUUUUUAAAAUCACUGCUAAGUACUGAUAGCAAAAAUAAGUAAAAAAAGUUAAAUUGGUGUAAUAUCAUAUUAUUGUUAUUUGAACGUUUGAUUAAUUAUAAUUUUGCUUAAAAAUGACUUCACUAAUAAG